AUGGCAUCUACCAUAUGGGCCAAGCACAUUGUGGAAGGGCCACUGCCACCACUCAAAAUCGGCCCUCAUCAUACGGUUUUUAGUGCGCUGCAGCGUUUGUCUUUUGUGGGCACCCUUGUCCCGUGGAACAACUUCCGCCAAAAUGUUCAAGCUGUACAUGAAAGCCAAAAUUGGGCAAGAAGGGAAACAACGUCACCGCAUGCCCCUGGCCUCCACACUACCCAACCCUUUCGAGUUCAUAUAGGAGAUGAACACGGACUCCAGGGCUGCUUCCAACAGGCUACUGGCGAAGCACUUGUGGCGGUCCUGGAGGCCUGUUCGGUCAGACUAUGUUUCGCCGACUUCAAGUGCUCAGGAAGUACUUAUAUGUAUCCUCCCGACGUUGUCGGCUUACGAAGUGAGGGCGGUACCACUGAUGUUAAACUGGUCGGCGAGUUGAAGGUACCUUGGGUGGCGAAGCAUGAUCUACGGACUGCUAUGAGGGGAAUCCCUGGCCUAAGGCAGAAGAUUGCACAGCCGUUGAGGGACAUGCAAUGUCUGGGUUGUGAGUACGGUUUCAUUAGUACCUACGAGGACACAAUCUUCCUACGGUAG